AUGAGCCCAACUGAUCGCCUGAGCAAAGUCCUUAGUACCCUUGCUGGCCAAGGCGCCGUCCAAAAUCCCAAUGAACUCCCCUGGAACCCGGAUUCCGCGCGGUUCCCCUCUCGCAGUGAACUGCCCAAGAUCCCUGGGGCCCCGGAGGAUGCAGCUUGGGUAUGGGGAAAGGAUGACCAGAUUGGCCGGUUGAACCUCCUCACUCCGGCUAGAGUGAAGGCUGCGGCGGCGGAAAUCAAGACUGGGGAGAUGGUUCGGUUGGACCUCCCUGCCGACGUGCCGAAGACGCCGGCGUUUGGACGUGAAGUCUUCCAGCAUAAGAUCAAGCCCUUGGGCAGUGGAGUUGGCUACGAUGAUUUGUAUAUCAUGAAUACGCAGAGCGGAACUCAGUGGGAUGGAUUCCGACAUUUCGCCCACCUCAGCACAAAAUGCUUCUACAACGGCGCCACAGCCGCCGACAUCGACGGCCCCUCCCCAACAACCCGCUGCAGCAUCCACCACUGGGCAACCCACUGCAUUGCCGGCCGCGCAAUCCUCCUCGACUAUCGGCACUACGCGCAAACCCAUUCAAUCCAAUACGACCCCUACACGAGCCACGCAAUCUCGCACGCCGACCUAACCGCCUGCGCCGCGUUCCAGGGCCUCGACAUCCGGCCCGAGUCCGCCGGCGGCGACAUCAAACCCGGCGACAUCCUCCUCGUCCGCUCGGGGUUCGUCCAGCGGUACAACGAGCUUUCACCCGGUGAACGCGAGGCCGCGGCGCUCCGCACGCACGGCGAUCUCCGUUGGGCGGGGCUGAAGCAGGAAGAAGAGGUGCUGGAUUGGUUGCAUGACUGUUACUUUGCGGCCGUUGCGGGGGAUAGUCCGACGUUUGAGUGUUGGCCUGUCACGGCGACGGAGGGCGGGAGGGGCAAGAUUGGGUUUAUGCAUCAGAAUAUUUUGGCGCUUUGGGGGAUGCCCUUGGGGGAGAUGUGGGAUUUGGAGGCGGUUGCGGAGGUGUGUAGACGGUUGGGGAGGUGGACUUUUUUCUUGACCAGUGCGCCGGCGAAUGUUGUUGGUGGUGUGAGUUCUCAUCCAAAUGCUACGGCUAUCUUUUAA